AUGUUGAAAAUCGUAUUUCUCGUACUUUGUUUAAUUUUUGUAUCACGCGGAUGUCGAGUGAUUGAGCAAAGAGCUAAUGGAGUUACUACAAAACGUGAAGAUUCUUCUCACUUAGUAUUAUUGGAAGCAUAUAUCGUUUACGAGAAGAACUACUUUUGUUCUGGCUCCUUAAUAUCACCUAAAUUUGUUCUGACAAGUGCAUACUGUCUUUUUGGAAUCACCUUUGUUAAUGUGCAUGUCUAUGCUAAUAAAUUGAGAGACGAGUUUGAGGAGAAGAGAUCUAUUUAUAGAGUCAGCAAUUCAGAUUUCAUGCUUGGACCACAAUUUGAUGGACUUCAACAUUUGAAUGAUGUUGGCUUGAUCAGAAUGCCUGAUUCCUUUACAGCCAAGACUUACAUAGCAUAUGCUCAAUUGCCUACUACUCCACUUGUUGUUGGAACUGAAAUUAAAACUUAUGGCUGGGGUCUACUCAAAUUUGUUGAUGAUCAUGCAGCAUCAUAUAAGCAAGAACUUCCACUAAGAAUCCUCAGUGAAGUUGAAUGCGUAGAAGCAUAUCCAAACUUAAAUUGGAGUCAAGGAUAUCAAGGACGGCUUUGUGUAAAAGCCAUUUCAGGCACGAAUUGUGUAUCAGACUUUGGAUCACCCUUUAUCGUUAACAAUGUCGUUUUUGGAAUUCAAUCUGCUGGACAAUCAGAAGCAUGUGAUGGAAAUCAACCAAAUUUGAUUCAAGACGUUUUCUAUCAUGCUGAUUGGAUUCAAGCACAAAUCGAGUUGUAA